GCUACUUAAGAAUAAGAGAUUUAUAGGAAGCUUACCGUCCAUGGUCGCUAUUGCAAUGGAUGCAGACGAUAUGCAGCAAGAGUCCUCUUUUGGUAAUCUGCCAGAAGAAAUUCUGGAAUUGAUAUUCAGCUAUUUAUCACCAUAUGGAGACUUCAAAAGAGCCAUGCUUGUUUGCAAACUGUGGCAUCGAAUUCUGUCGGAUCUCAUUGCGAAGCUGCGUCGUAACUUCUGCCAGAUGCUACGUAUACAUCAGAUGAACUGGUCUUAUAUCCAGAGCGAUGGUGGCCCCAGUAUAACAGACCGGUAUUCUCACUCUGCCUGUUAUUUUCAGCAAUCCAUGUACAUCUUUGGUGGCUGCACCUCCACAAAUACUACAUUUAAUGACCUGUGGCGUUUUGAUCUUGCCACAAGACAGUGGGUGCGACCAUUGGCCAUGGGAACCUACCCAUCACCCAAGGCAUGUGCUUCCAUGGUGGUUUACAAGGACUCAUUAGUUUUAUUUGGAGGAUGGAGUCACCCAACACCUAUGCCUCUUCACCAGGCACCACGGUACUUCAGUGAACUUCACAUGUACACCCCUGCGACUAAUCGAUGGUCACAGGUCAUGGCUUUCUCUAAUGAGUCAUUGCAUCGUGUUGCGGGACAUUCAGCUUCUGUUGUUGGGGACCUAAUGGUUGUGUUUGGUGGAUCACAGGACCCUGGGACUGGAUGUAAUGAAGUACAGGUGUUUGACUUUCUAGAAUUAGUUUGGAAACAGCCAUCAAUUACAGGAAAGAAACCAAAGCCUAGAUAUGGACAAUCUCAGGUAACACUGGACAGGAAACACAUCUUAGUAUUAGGUGGCUGUGGAGGUCCUAACCAGAUUUUUAGUGACUUAUGGCUGCUACAUUUGUCAGAAAAUGAGGAAUGGUGGUGGGAAGAAAUUCUUGUCCUGAAUCCUGAAUGGGCCCCUCCACAAAUUUGGUGCCAUCCUGCCUGCAUGGUAGAUGGAUCUCUAGUAGUUCUGAGUAGAAAAUCAAAGGCAAAGGUAUCCAGCAAUAGCCCUACAGAUGCUCAGCCCAUUAUCCUUCAGGGCAACAGGGUGUGGGUACCUCCUCAUGCAGACCCUGGACAACUGCCAGGUCCUCCUUUAUACAUUGGGGUUGGGCAUCACCCCCCUGUACACCAUGCCCCUCUCAUGUCUGCAUUCCAGCGGAAUGGGGCUCGCAAUGGAGGAAAUGCUAGCUUUGGAGUCAGGGGUGCUGUGGUUCCUUUGGCAGCUGGAGGAGGAGGAGCAGAGAAUGAUAAUCUGAGAGCAGUUGAUCAGGCUUGGAAUGUAAGUGCUGAAGAGAGAGGGGCAGCACAGAGAAAUGCCCAGGAAGUUCCUGGUCCAAGUCAUGAAGUUAAUGGAAAUCAGCAACAUGAUUAUCACUCUAGUGAUUCCGACUCAGAUCGUAACCCUGACCAGGAGGUUGGGGCACAUGCACCUCGCCCUGGCUUUCCAUCUGUGCGACCUAAUGCCAUGCACAAUAGACAGCGACAGCUGGAUAUGCUGCGCAAGCAUGAAAAUCGGCUGCGGAGUCGCAGCGUUGGUGGGAACAGCAGCACCAACAGGGUGCAUCAGGUGAGACCAUUGGACCAUGGGCCACGAAACCCAAUGUUGAUACACGUGCUCGAUAUUAGCCAGGUUUUAACAUCUCAAACUGCAGCCUGGUUGCCUGUGCAAGAUUUACCGUCCCAAGGUGCUCCUGAAGAGACUAUUUUUCAUUCCUUAAUAGAAGGACGAGGAGAACUGGUCUUAUUUGGGGGGGUACAGCGAGAUCCUAAUUCCAUGCAGCGCAUCAACUCUCCACCAAGUGCACAGUCACAUAUCGUCAGUAAUGGUUUGUAUAUGAUCACUCCAACCUGGUUAAAACGAUUGUAGCCAAUUCUUGUGCAAUACAAAAAAGAAUUGUUAAGCAUGUAUUUAGUAUGCAUGUGUGAAUGGGUGCAUAUGUACAUGUCCAUGCUUGCCUGUGUAUGUUGAAAAGAAAUAGUUCUUGAAUAAGUACAGAUGAAUUUUUUUUUUGUUACAAUCAGUUUGUGUUUAAUCAGGGCUGUGGAUUUGACAAAAAGAUUUUAUUGUCCAAAUAGUUUUCUUCAAAGAAAAGCAUAAGGGUUAGGUGCUCAACACAACAUGUUUGGUUUCAUAGGGAUGUGAGAGGAAACCUGUUUAAAACAGUUUAUAUAUUUUAUCACCAACUGCUUUUAGUGUAGUGUAGCUGCCACCAACCGUUGCAUUAAUCUGGCUUGCAAAGGUGGGUUGUGGGUGGGGGGAACCUAAAGAUGGUCGCUCUGCAACUCAGGGAAAUUAAGCAAAAUUGUUGAACAGUGCUCCACCUUUUGCCUUUUUAAUGGGAGUUAUUUGUAUUAACCAAUUCAGAACAUAGUGAGGUCAACAUUUGAUAGAAGAUUGACUAAGAAACUCCCUCGCUUUACUCAGCACUGAUGAGUAUGGGAUUUAUUUGGAAAGGCAUAUGUAGCUGGAGGCGAUUGGGCUCUACCCUCCACUUGCUCUAGAUGUUGUGAAUCACCUUUAGCUCACUGCUUCUACGCUCUAUGGGACUUUUAACCUUCUUGUGCAUUUAGAUAUGGAGGAGAACUGGUUUCUAUUGAUGUAAGACAAGGAGAAAUCUUUAUUUUUUCACAGUGCUUUGAUCAUUGUUGCUUGGUUGUUUGAUGUUUAACGUAAUGCCAGAAACAGUAAUAUUAAGACAAGGAGUGUUUGAUAAACAUAAAAAAUAGAUGUUAAUGUCCAGCUGAUGCCUUCUAACUGCAGUGUCAAAAUCAGAUUUAGGUCUACUUUAAGACAAAGGGAUGGAACAACUGUAGGCAGUGAAUAUACUACACAUUGGCUAUUGAAAACAGUGCAUUAUAAGAGAGUAUCCUAGACUUUGUUGGGCUGAAACAUUUUACCAUGACUUUACAUUCUCAGAAUUUCAGUUAAAUGAAGUAUAAAUGUAUAAAUUCAGUUUUCCAUUCAAAAGAUCAGAUCUUAAAGGAAAAAUCUACUUUGAAAAGUGACCAACGGUGUAUUAAAUUUUAUAUGUGACAGAAUAUUUUAGAUCAUUGUUAAGUUACACAAAUUAAAGAGAUUUGAUGAAAAGUC